AUGGAGUUUUAUGACCCUCAGAUGCUUGGAAUUAUGGUCUUUGGAGGAUUCAUGCUUGUCUCAGCUAUUGGAAUAUUCCUAGUGUCCACCUUUUCUAUGAAAGAGACAACUUACGAAGAAGCUGUGGCAAAACAGCGCAAAGAGCUGGAGAAAGCCAGUCAGCAUAAGAUGGAAAAGAAAAAGAAAGAGAAACCUGUGGAAAAGAAGGGAAAGGGGAAAAGGGGGGAGGAAAAACCUAAUGGCAAAACACCUGAAUCAGAUCUGGGAUUGGAUGUUUCUGAUGGUUUUAAAGAUGCUAGUCAUGAACCAGUUUUGGUCAUUGAACCAAUAGUCUCUCAGUUACCAGUUACAUCAGUUUCAGCUGCUCCUCAGGUAGAAAAGUCAGACCCAUCUCCUAAAGACAAGAAAAAGAAGGAAAAGAAGAAGAAGUUGGAGCCAGCUCCUAACCUCACAGUUUCUUCUCCGGAAAAUACACCUUCAAAAGAUCUGGUUUUGGAUGGGGAACCUAAGGAGGUACCAAUAAGUGCUUUUCCAACAUUGAGAUCUCAGCAGCACAGCCCAUUUAUUAACUUGGUGACUGUCAAAACAUCAGAAGAUCUUAGAAACCAAGAAGAAUUGAAACUCGAUAGAGAGUCUAAAAAGAAAACUACUGCUAAAAAGAAGAGAGACUCAACUACCACAGAUGAUGAUAGUAUGCUUUACAUUCCCUACAAAACUUUGAUUUCCAUAAUCAAAAAUAUGUUUUUUGAUGAAAGUGAGGUCCAACAGCUGAUUGAAAUCCUAACCGAGAAAGCAGGAGGAGCUCAGGAUCCAUGGCUUGUGGCAACUCAGAAAGGUGACCCCAUUUCUGUUUUAAAACGGCAACUAGAAGAGAAAGAAAAGCAACUUGCAGUGGGGCAGGAAAAUGCAACUGCUAUAAAAGCUAAACUGAAGGAACUUACAAAGGAAUUUGCAUCUGAGAAGGCAAAGACCAUCACAGCUGAGAAUAAGUGGAAAGAGCAACUGCAGACACAGAAGCAAGAAAUGUCCACUGUACAAGCCCAAAUGCAGGCCACUAAUCAGGAGCAUCAGAUGCAGAUACAGCACUUGCAGGAAAAGAUUCAAACACUACAAGAACAGCUGGAGAAUGGCUCUAAUGCCCAGCUUGCUCGUUUGCAGCAAGAAAAUUGCAUUCUCAGAGAUGCUUUAAACCAAGCAACAAGCCAGACUGAAAGCAAGCAAAAUACUGAAUUAGCUAAAUUGCGUCAGGAAUAUAAUAAACUAAGUAAAGAGUUGACUGAAAAGAUGGAGGUUUUACAACAGGUAGAGGAACAGAAGAGGAUCCUGGAGGUGAAGGCUGUUGCUUAUGAAGAACAAAUCCACCAGUUGCAGAUAUCCCAGAAAGAAAGUGAAGCCCCAUUACAGAAGAGCUUGGAUGAGGUCAGGGAAGAACUCUGCAAAUCUCAGGCCACUUAUCAAAGCUUGCAGACAGAGCUGGAAAAGACAAAAGAGCAGCAGUUCAAUUUUGCUGAACUUCAGUCUAAACUAUUGUGCUCUGAAAUGGAGGUGAAGAGAAGUGUAGAAGAAUGUAAUAAUCUUCACCUUAAAUUAUCAGAAGCAAUUUCCAUAAACCUCCAUCUUGAAGAAAGGAUUAAAUCAAUUGAAGCCCUUCUGGAGGCAAACCAAAUGAGAGAAGUGGAAAAAAACAAAGAUAUACAGGAAGCAAACAAAGCAGAAAUGAGCCUCCUUCUGUUAAGGUUACAGGAAUCAUCCACCCAGGCCUCCACACUGGAGGAUGAAGCUUCAAAGCUAAAGCAUACAGUUGAACAGCUGAAAAUUGAAAACAAUGACCUGACAGUUUCAUUAGAAGAAGUAAAUGAGGCACUGCACACAAUACAAACAAAAUGUGAUCAGUAUAGGAAUAUUCUUGCAGAGACGGAAAAAAUGCUCAAGGACUUGCAGAAGCGGGUGGUGGAGGAGGAGCAGGUGUGGCAAGAAAAGCUGGCUGCCUCUGAAGAAGCACUUGCAAAGUUAAAAGAAUAUACUACUCUUUUGGAAGCACAGCUGGAAGAUCACUUGGCAACUGCUGAAGAACAAAACUGCACUAAAGAAGUUGAAGUUUUGAGACAGCUGUUACCUGAAUCACAAGAACAAAUGGAUACAGCAAAAAUGGAAACACUGAAACAAAGUCAAGAGUUUGCCCAGAAUCGAGAUUUGGUGUACAGCUUGCAAGCUGAAUUGGAGAAACUAAGAUGUGAUAGGAAGGAUUCUGCUUAUGCAAAAGAGGAAGUUCUCCAACUUCAGGUAAAACUUCUUAAAGCUGCAUUGCUUUGCAGAAUUACUAGGCAUAUAUGCAAGAAUUUGCCCCUAUGUUCAAGUGCUUUGGAAGUAUUUAGCUUUUUUUUUUUUUGUCCCACGAAUAAAACCUGGUUUUAUCAUCAAUUGCAGGAGUCUUUGGAUAAAGAAAAGAAGUUAACAAAGGAUUUGGGAUGUGCAGCUACCAAACUAAAAGAGCUUUUGAAGGUCACCCAAGAACAGCUGUCCAAGGAAAGAGAAGCGUUGAUGAAAUUACAAGAACAGCUUCAAAAAAAGGAAUUAAAUGAAGACAUUGUCAAAGAAGGUACAUCUGUUUGACAGAUCAAGAAUCUAGGAUGUGCACUUUAUCAGACUUAAAUGCUUUAUAUAUUCCUAAAGUGAACACUUGUAUACUGUAAAGGGAAAUAAAUAAGACAAUAGUGACCAGAAUCUGCUAUUUUCAAAAGAAAUGAAAAUAAACACUUUAGUCUAUAAAUGCA